GUGCUAUCGCUGGAAGGGCAAGUAUCGAAAAUUUUUGCGAGUGGAAGCCGGCUGGGUGGUUUUUUUCCAGGAAUAUCUUUUCCAGCAGUGUCUAAGUACUUACUCGUUGCAGUCGCAAGUGCAACGCGACAAAAAUAUGCGCACGUAUACGUAAAGCAGGCUGAAAUAAGUGGAACUCAAAGAACCCACCCGCCCCUUGAAUGUCUUUGACUCUGAUCAUCAACAUGCGGGGGUAAAUACGCCUAAGGAGGAGAAGAUGACGAUAGUACUCUGGCGAGGACCGCUAUCGCUUUGAUGUGGUUUCGAACACUGUGCUCUUGUUGUCUACGGGGGCAGCAGUGAGCACGGACGAGCCUACUUCGCGUGGAGCUUGCGGCUCGCUUCUACUGCGAAACUACGAGGAGCCGGCAAGAACUGCAGAACAAGUCCGUGUGCUGCACUAGGACCACUCUAGGUGCUACCACUUGCACACGACCUCCACCUGCCCAUCAUGCGUUCGGUUCGCAACAUGAAGUCGGACCUGGAAAGUCCGUCCAAGCGGGUGCAGGACGGGUAUGAGCAGUGGAUGAUUGGAGUGGAGAUGAAAGACCCCGUCAUUGGUGCCAAAGUCGUAGAACUACCCGAAGUCGAGAAAGUUUUGCGAAGGCUCUUCCAGGUCGAAGUCAGGGAUUUGUUGACGGUACUGCCUUUACCUUUGCCUUAGGUGUUUCAGUUUCAAUGUUGCCCAGCAUCGACAAUGAAUCGUGAGUCCCACCGUGAUUCUGAUUUCUUCGCAUGAUCCACAUCAACUUUGAACAAUAUGAAGUAGGAGUUAGAUGAUCCCCCCCGGCCGAUAAUUCACAAUCACAUUUUCUAUCAGGCCCAGAAGCGUGUGCAACAAGCAGAGAAGACGAAAAUGGACCAGACCAAGCAGUACAUGCAGGAAGUGCUCUACAUGCGGGAGAAAACCCGAGAUUUCGACCCGUGCAUGACGGACGGCCUAGAUACCCUGGAAAACGACGACGUCCGCAUGUUCUUCGAUGCGGGGCUGUCUCUGCCCCCCGGGGUGCGGCCGGUGCUGGAGUUGAUUAUUCAGGAGAAGGUCAACGACGUCGCGGAUCGGUUGGAGAGAAAGUACAAAAACGGGGACGCGCCGGAUCGGAAAAAAGUGAUAGAAGCGGUGAUGAAUAACGAAAAAGAAGAGCGGGAGUCGAAAGUUACGAUAGUCGAGCCAACCAUUACCGUGGACAAAGAGCUGGAACGAAAAUGCGCGGAAAUGGAAAAAAGAGCAGAAAGCGCAGAAGCGAAAUUGGCAGAGAUGGAGUAUUGUAGUUUUUUUCUCUGUCAAUUGUUCCAUGGAUGUAUGAGUGGACAUGAUGAUGAUGAUGAUGAAUGUGAUUAUUUUCCUUUUCGUGAAGAAAAAAGAUCAACGCCAAUCUUCCAAUGUGCAGAUCCUUCUCAUCGUCAUCGUAUUCUCUUCAUUUCGCUCUGUCUUCAAACAAUAUAUGUUGAUUGAAGCAAAAUCGAAAACAGGAAAGCCUUUGCCUCCGCAGAAACCCGUUUGAACCUGAAAGAGCAGGAAGUGCAGCAGCUGAGCAGCGAGCUCCGGGAUACCCUGGACGUGAUGCAGGCGGAGAAGGACGCCAUCGCCAAACAGUACGAGGAGGAGCUGGAGGCGGGCGCGCGGGAGCGCGCCGCGUUGGAGGAAUUGGUGCGGAAUUUGCAGAACAGCAGUACGGGGCUCGAGUCCGCCAGGUUGACCGAAUUGGAGGGCAUUAUCGAGGUGCUGGAGCGCGAGCUGAAGAAAGCACAGGCAGCGCAGGGAAAGGAUGAGUCGUACUUUGUUAUUCGGCUUGCUUUGCUGGAAAAGUUCCUUUCACAUGAUGACGUGGUUUCGUUUGACAGUGCCAAUAAAGCAUGAACGCAGCGAAGAACAAAAUUCUCUAUGGAGGUUUAUCUUUGUCACUUGUGUGCGGGAUUAUACGCUUAGAAUUCGAUGGCACUGCGCCGAUGAAAAACUAUCGAGGUACAAACUCCGCGCGAAAGUAGAGGAACAGGGCAACACGAUCCGCGCGUUGCGUGCAGAGGUCGAGUCUUUGACGACUCAACUAGCGGAAUCGAAACUCGCAGAGGCGACGUUGCGACAGCAGCUAGAGCACGCAGACAGAACAUUGGUAGCGACACAGAAGCAGUUGCUCAAGGCGGUGCAGGGAGCCGGGGACGGAGACGAUGAGAAUAACGGUAUUGUUACGAAAGCUGUUGUAGCAAAAGGAAAAGCAAUUUCGUGCAACCACUUUCAGGAGCAUGUGCGAUAUAAUAUUGAUUCCGAAAAAUGCGCUAUCUGUAGUGGUCCAAAAACAUCUUCGCGAUGAAAUAAGCCAUGACUCUUUUCCGAAUCAGUCCCGGCUUUUGCCUCCACCAUGGCUGAAGAUCUGAUGGCGAAGAUCGCCGAAGACAGCAUGCUGGUCCACGAUCGACUGUACCUCGACGCCUACAAGCGCCGCGAGAAGCGGCGGCAGCAGUGGGAGCAGCGUGCGCCGGAGAUCGAGCGGAAAUGGAUGGCGGCCCAGGCGGUGCUGCGCGAGGAGUGGCUGGGCGACUUGUUGUCGCAGAGAGGGUCGGGCGGCCAGGUCAUGCUGGAACAGCUCAAAAAACAGGCGGCGGAAGCAAUGAUAGACGACGAUCCGGUAUCAAAUGCAAAUAUGUCUGGGUCUGGAAGAGCCAAACUUGUGAUGCUGCAUUUGGAUGCCAAAAAGAUCUGCAUUGCAUGAGCAGCAAGAGGAGUUGUCAAAUUUGGCUACGCGGAGAGCGAGAGGGCAUUUGUCAUGCAGGAUGCGCAUCGAUAGGCGCUCAAAAAAUCUGUGAUGCUUUGGCAUAAAUCACAGACAUCAUGGAUCAUGGAAAAUGUGCAUGACAAAUUUUUGCUCUUCCAGACCCAGACACUUUUACAUUUGAUAUUCGGUCACCCGAGCGCUGGUGGUGAUCGGCAGGUUUCUGUUUGGCGGCGGAUCGUUUGCUCCGGGUGGAAGUGGCAACUCACCGGGCAAAAACAGAAUACCCGGCGGGUUUGGGAGAAAAUCUUCGGACAAACAGCACGCGACCAGACGGGUUCUGCUCAAAACGGCGUCCAGUCACGGAUCAUUACCCGCCGGGGGGAUUCAGGGCGAAGGGUUCUGGCUGUACUAGAAUGUUCUGGUCGUGCAGCUUCUCACGGAGACGCCUGUCUCGUCGCACGACCAGAUGCCGGACAACUACGUACUCCAAAAUUAAAACGAUCUUUGAAUUUAUGUACAAUACUAGCCCGCUUGUCUUUUUGGUCUUUGUGCUCCUGGUAAAACUUGAUGGGUGCCCCCUUGUACGAACAUUGGCAAUUUCAUCUGUACUCACAGUUCUUGUUACUGACCUAGAUGAAAUGUACAACUACAACCACAUCAAGACCAUCGACAUGUACAUAUGUCGACUGUGCAACACGACCUACGACAAAAGGUAGCGUAAGUGCGCGCGAUUCUGAUUCCAACACUGUUUUACUGACGACCAUCAAAAAACUAGAAGUACUAUAAGAGUUUUGAAGCAAGUGCAAGACAUCAAGAUGCAAAAUUUCUAGUUUCAUACAUCAGAUCACUCGGAACAUCGAGGUGACGAGGAACAAAUUUUCUUCGUGGAAAACAUAAUGUAACAAACAACCCCAGAUAGGUGCUCUUACAAGAUACAGAAUCUUUCCCGGUAAAGAACGAAGAC